CGCACCUACAGGGCACAUAAAUCCCAGCCAGGACCGCUCAGCCGCCACUGCAGGUGAAAGUCGGGCCUGGCAGCUUUCCCCAGGGCAAGAAGUAACAAGGUUCAAGAAUGCAGAGCUGCAGGCCACAGGGGCCUGGAGCCCAGAUGGCUACUUCCAGUGUUUUCCAGAAGCUGCUGGAAACAAUGCUCAUCUUGUGUAUGUUGACAGUGUGUGCUUCUGCCUUGACCACUGAGCCAGGGGAACAAGCAGCGGCUUCAACCCCCUGCCAAUAUCAUGGUAAGCAUUACAAAGCAGAAUACAGGCUGGAAGGGGAACCUGUGGUUCUGACGUGUCCUCUGGUACAGUCUCCGGUAGAGGCAAAUGCCAGCUCCCACAUCCAACUGGCCUGGCGUAGAAACAGCUCGGCCCAGCUGGUCCCAGGAAAAGAACCAAGGAUGUGGGUUGGAGAUGGUGCUCUCUGGCUCCUGCCCGCCUCGAGGGAGGACUCUGACACCUACAUCUGCACGGUCAGAAAUGCCUCUCAAUGUGGUGAAAUGUCCACUGAGCUGAGAGUUUUUAUGAACACAAAAGCUUCCCUGAAGCUCAUCUCCUACGUUCAAUUUGUGACUUUGUCAACCACUGGGAUGUUAGUGUGUCCUGACCUGAGGCCCUUCCUCCCUCACAGAACUGAUACGAAGAUUCGCUGGUACAAGGAUUCUGUGCUUUUGGAUGAAAACAACAGCAAAUUUGUGGGAAUUGGCAAACGCUUGAUCAUCUUGAAUGCAUCUAUGGAGGAUGCAGGCUAUUUCCGAUGUGUCCUGACUUUCGCUCUCAGGGGCAAGGAAUACAAUGUCUCUAGGAAUAUCGAACUUCUCGUCAAAAAAAGAAGAGAGGAAACAAUCCCUGUAAUCAUUUCUCCCCUCGAGACUGUAACAGCUUCUCUGGGAUCAAGACUGACAAUUCCAUGUAAAGUGUUCCUGGGGCCAGACAAAGACCCCCCCUUUGCCUAUGUGCAGUGGAUGGCGAACAACAGCGAAGUGCAGAACACCUCCCCCGGAGGCCGGCUGACGCAGGGGGACGUCCGGGAGUAUUCAGAAAAUAAUGAGAGCUACAUUGAAGUACCACUGCUUUUUAACCCGGUCACAAGGGAGGAUCUGCAUACGGAUUUUACCUGUAAGGUCUACGGCACACGGACUCAUCAAGUACUGCAUACCACAGUCAAAGAAGCCUCCCCCACCUUCUCUUGGAAGAUUGCGCUGGCCCCGCUGUCUCUGGUCGUUUUGGUUUUGGGGGGAAUGUGGAUACGCAGGUGGUGGAAAAGCAGAGCUGAAAAGCAUAUGGUCUAACCACACUAAGGACUGGCCAAAGACUUUGCAUCCUUCUCGUGUACAAUAAAGGAAAUGCAGUGGUGUAAA